AUGACUUUCCCACUUCGCCCACGUCAUUCCUACAAGAAAGGCGACAACAGCUGCAGCACUUUUACCCCAUCCUGGGUGAGGUCGGGGGACGAGGCGGGACAUCGAUCUUUCGAGGGCCCGCUACCUCAUGAUGUGCUUCUGCUCAUCGUCAAAUCCAUGCUUCCCAUCUCUAUGAGUCAAGAUAUUUCAACAGACUUCACACAGGGUAGGGACAACUACUGGAGCACUUUGAUGGACGCGACGCGCAGACGAGAACAGGCACUCCUACUUCCCUUCUUACAAGUCUGCAGGCAGUGGUACCUCUCUGCUACCGCCCUUCUAUACGACUGUCCAAUAGUGACAUCGUAUGAGCAAGUGCGCAGGCUCGCCAGGACCCUGAAAAGACAUCCCAGCUUGGCUAUCCUUGUGCGAGAGGUUCGUGUUCUGGAUAAAGACACUUGGAAGGUCGAGGCCACAAUAACCUCUCUCGUGGCCCGCCUAAGCGGAAGACAAGCCCUUAACUACCGACUCGCGAUCGACUCACUGCUAGUGUCAUGUGGUGCUGUUGAGAAAUUGACCCUACGUCCUUCCUAUCAUGUUCAGGGUCGGCUUGACGGCCUACACCAGACGUUCCGCCAGUGGGCCUGGCCGAAGCGGCUGACAGUGCUCUCCCUGUGGGGUUCCUCAGCUCGCAUCGUCUUCAAGGACAAGGAAAUCCUCUUCCCUGUCCUCCGAGACUUGACCAUUCGUGGGGUUAAGAUUGACUCCCAAUUCUCGAAGCUCCCUGGUUUGCGCACGCUACGGAUCCAAUGCUGUCACCUGACAUCUUCUGUGUACCUCCCGGUCACGCGACUCGCGACGCUGGAAUUCAUGACCUCCAGAAUCGACAGCCCGUACCACAGCGUUUCACGUGUAAUCCAGUCAGCAUACAACCGGUCCUUGGAAGCCCUGGUGAUAGAGGGACCAUAUCAGGACCUAUCCCUCCUGGCAGUAGUGCGCACCGUUGACUGUUCGCUCCUCCACGGACUCAAACGGCUCGUCCUCUCCUUCGACUUUACUGGCGCUAUCGUCCCAUACGUAUUUCCCAGGGAGAUCGGCCGUUUGCCCCAGUUGACCUCUCUGGACCUUAUUUGGCUGCCCCCGUCCUUGCUUCCAGACGUCACAGGCCUUAUCAUGGAUUCAAAUACCCUUAGCUCCCUGGAGGUUCUCAAAGUAGUGUUUUGGAAGGAUAUCCGAGAACUGGCUUAUCUCGCAGAGCAGAUAUCGGUCUUGGAGUCCGAAUGUGCUGAUCGGGGGGUAGCGUGUACCACACAGACUUCGCAGCAGCCUAGCUCAUCUUUAGCUUCAGGGGAAGGCGGAUCUGAUGGAAAUUAUGCCAGAUUAUUGAACCGCGGGCGGGGAGAUUUCCAGUACCAAUAUCUAGCUAGCUAUGGGGUCCGAGUCUGGCCGUUGGUGACGCUCCGAUCGCUUGUCAUAGCUCGUACCCAACCGGAAGGCUGCACAAAGGUAGAGGUACUGCGUCGGGGAUUCUCGACGGACACAGAUGAUCCUUACGACGAGUGUCUUUCUGGUAGUCCAUAA